AUCUAUAACGGUCAAUUUGGCAACAUUGAUGCUCUCACCAAGCGCGCAUACACCUCGACUGGCUUCGAUCUCCUCGGCGCCCUGAUGCGCGUUUCGACGCGGCCCAACCCCAAGAUCACCAUUGGGCCCGUCGACCUCUCGUGCUCCUUUACCAUCGUUGACGCCAAGCAUCCGGAUCAGCCCAUUGUCCAUUGCAGCGACACAUUCUGUGAACUGACUGGCUAUGACCGCACCGAGAUCAUUGGUCGUAACUGCCGCUUCCUCCAAUCACCCGACGGCCUUGUCGAAGCUGGCUCGGAGCGCAUGCAUACCGACAACGGUGCAGUCGCCCAUAUCAAGAAGCAUUGCAGUCGCUUCCAAGAGUGCCAGACCAGUCUCAUCAAUUAUCGCCGCGACGGUUCGCCGUUUAUCAAUCUCGUUACCAUCAUUCCCAUCGGCUGGGGCGACAGCGAGGAGCCCGUGUUCCUCGUUGGAUUCCAGGUCGAUCUGGUCGAGCAGCCUGGUGCUGUGCUGGAGCGCAAGCCUAAUGGCCUCUACGUUGUCAACUACAGUCAGCAAAAGGCCGACCAAGCCAGCGCUCUUAUCGCUGCUGGGGAAACGACGGUGAUGAGGGACGACGACCGUGAGAUGCAGGAUCCUGUCGAAGCGGAGGCUACAAAGCGCGCCGUCAUGGCUCACGAGUUGGCUGACAUCAUCAGCAGCGGUAGUGACGAAACGCACAAAUGGGCCAGAAUGCUUCUCGACAAUUCGCACGAUCUCAUUCAUGUCCUCUCGCUGAAGGGCACCUUCCUCUACGUGUCACCCUCCGUCGAGCGCCUUUUGGGCUACAAGGCAGAAGAGCUUGUUGGAAGGAGUAUCAGCGAAUUCUGUCACCCCUCGGACGUGGUGCCUGUGUUCCGAGAGCUCAAAGAUUCAACGAGCAACGCCAGUAUUGCCGCAGCCGCGCGACAGUGGGCCCGCCACGACGGCACCGUAAACCCGCCGACCAAGGGCGGUGCCGGCCAGACUGGGCCCCAGGUCAAUCUCAUUAUGCGCAUGCGUCACAAGCAUCACGGUCACACCUGGAUCGAGAAUUCGGGCAAGCUUCACUUGGAGCAGGGCAAGGGCCGCAAGGUCGUCAUCUCGUCUGGCCGACCACGGCCGGUGUACAAUCUACCGUGGGAACAGGCUCGUCGCACCCUCGACGCCCGCGAACCUGGCUUCUGGUCCAAGAUGUCGACCGACGGUCUCGUCAUUUCGACCUCUGGAUCCGUCGGCGACGUCAUUGAUCGCAGCGAUCUCAGCAAGCGCAACGGUGGUGUCGACAUCUUUGGCAGAAACAUCUCCGAGUUGACCAACACGGAAGCACAAGGCGCGCUCUCGCAGGCUUUGAACGGUAGCGAGGUCACCGUCGUUGCUCACGCGCUUCUGGGCCGGCCGGUGCUCACGACGUUUAUCCCCUCGUCAACAAGUGGGGGUACGGGCAUGCCAACCGUCUUUGCCUUUACGCAGAAAGUCGAUCUUGUCCAGUUGAACAUGGCGCCAAACGUUGCACACGCUUCCUCCAUGCCGGCCAUACCCAUGGCCGACGGGGGCAUGAGCAAAGCGGGUGAACCCUCGACUGGUUCAGUGUUUGCCGAGCUCUCGACGCAGCGGAGCAGUUCAUGGGUGUUUGAGUUGCACCAGCUCAAGAACGCCAACAAGCGGCUUCGCGAGCAAGUGCGCGCCCACCAGCGCCGU